UUCCUAGGGUCCUGCGUUAGAAAAACAUUACAGGGAAUUAAAGUAACCGUUUAGACACCCUUCCCCUUUGUUGCUGGUUUUUGAAAGGACUUUUUUGCAUCACCUACAAAAAGGAGUGUUAAACUCAUGGCGAUCAAAACGUGUAGAAGGGAAUGGGUCAGGGUCUUGUGUUUUUUGCACUGCGCGCCGCACUGCGCCAGUUUUAAAGAGACGAGAACACCACAAAAAAGUAACUUCAGGGGCGUUGAUGCGACCUACUGUAGCGUUUGUACAAUGCACACACGAGGGACAUCCCGCGUAAUACUGUUAAACCCCGCUAUUUCAAACUCUCAGGGGAAACGAAAAAUAGUUUGAAAUAGCCGAUUGUAAUGAAGGGCUAAUCCAAAGGGAAAUGGUUUGGGGUUCGAAAUAAUGGGGAAGUCGAACUAACCGAGUUCGAAUUAGCGGGGUCAAACUAUACGAGGAAAUACCUGGCAUUAUGAAUUGUCUAUAAACUAUAAAUGUGAAAUGUCUUUUCCCUUUUCAGGGUUCCAUAGGCAGUGUAGGACUCAAGGGAUAUCGAGGCGAUUCAGGAGAAGAAGGUGAGGCUGGUCAACGAGGAUCGAUGGGAAAUUCGGGACUUCCAGGACCAUCGGGGCCAGCGGGAAGCGAAGGAGUCGCUGGUAGAGAUGGUCGUCCAGGCAGAAAGGGUGAAGCUGGUGACUUUGGAGAUCCUGGAGAUAGAGGAGCCACUGGAGCUAUGGGUCGGCCAGGUCAACCUGGAUCUCCAGGGGAACUGGGAUCUGGUGGAAUUGCAGGUAUAGCUGGACUCACAGGGCCAGCCGGACCUGCAGGGGCUGCUGGGAUGCGGGGAAGCGUUGGUCUGACUGGAUUACCGGGAGCUCUUGGGAAUGCUGGAGCGAAGGGCGAAGCCGGAGACUACGGUAAUGACGGAAAAGACGGAGAACCUGGAAGUGAGGGAAACGUUGGAGCGAUGGGCUCGCGGGGCGAACCGGGACAACCUGGAGGAGUGGUAGGUUUGGGUUAAAGGAUUUCCUUCUCU